GUACAUUAGCUACCCCAGGCUGAGGGACUUCUAUACCUCGUACCUUGGUAGGGCCAACGUAUUGGCGGGUACGGAGGAUCCUGAGGAGGUUGAGGAGCUGGCGAGGGUCAGGACAUACUGCGUCCGGUGUUACCUUCUGUACUUGGUCGGAUGCUUGUUGUUUGGCGAUAGAAGCAACAAGCGCAUCGAGCUGAUAUAUUUGACGACCAUGGCGGACGGCUACGCAGGGAUGCGUAAUUAUUCCUGGGGAGCUAUGACCCUCGCCUACCUAUACGGCGAGUUGACGGAUGCAUGUAGGCCUGGACACAGAGCGCUUGGGGGGAGCGUGACACUGCUCACUGCAUGGUUUUUGGCGCAUUUUCCAGGGUUUUUCAGUGUUGAUCUCAACACUGACUACCUGGAAAACUAUCCGGUUGCAGCGAGGUGGAAGCUCCAGAAGGGUCAUGGGGAGGGGAUCACGUAUCGGUCACUGCUCGAUCGUAUACAGUUAGAUGAUGUAUGCUGGCGGUCGUACGAGGAGCACAGAGAGAUCCAGGACUUCGAGGAGGUUUUCUGGUAUUCUUGAUGGAUUAUGUGCGGCGUCCGUAGGGUGUACCGUCACUUGCCCGAGAGGGUUUUGAGGCAGUACGGAUACGUGCAGACCAUCCCCAGACAUCCGACUGAUGUUAGGGACCUCCCCCCGCCUUCCAUUGUGCAGAUGUUCGUCGACUUCCGCACUCACACGCUUAAGGCGGACGCUCGGGGUGAGCAGGCAGGAGAGGAUACAUGGCGGGUGGCGGAUGGCUAUGUCCUGUGGUACACUAGGGUGUUUCACCCUCAUAUCUUGCCACCUAUUCCAGGAGAUCUUCCGAGGCCUGCAAAUGAAGAGCAGAUCAUUGCAGAGCAGUGGCAGCGGUAUGAGGCGAGAAGCUCGCCUGACACCUAUGACAUGGUUAGU